AUGAGCCAAACGGAUGUACUCUUGAGCUAUACGAGGCAGGACAAUAAAACGCAACUUGUCGCUGAGAAAGACACACCCGGAGCCUCGAUUCGGACGUCGAUGGGCGAUGAAAAGAGAGCGGCAGGAACAAGACAGCGUACGGAGUACGGCAAGAAGGGGUUGAGAGAAGAAAAAAGGGAUGCAAACUUCAGGAGAGCGACGGGAGGAGGCCAGGCGUUAAGAUGCGUGCCGGCUAUUGACUGGCUAGCUCGUCCAUCCAUCCCAUCCCAUCAACCAUCCAUCAGAUUGGUCCCCUGUCGGCCGGUCUGCGUUCUGCUAGGCCGAUCUCGUAAGCCAUGGGUGGCAGGCCAGAGGCCGGAGUUCAGUGCUCAGGUCGCCCGCCCCUAUCCCUGCCUGGCGCUGCCGUCCCAUUCUGGCUUCCCUGUCCGCACACGGAGGAUCCAGGCGCCUCUUCUCGCUAGCCAUUGCGGUGGAGGGCAGGGAAGACUGGAUGCGAAUCAGGUGGUGUGGUUGGCUUUCCGGCUGCGACAGGCGUGGUGGAAAUUGCCCGGGAUUCAGACCAUGGUGGAACGGAUUCUGGGGAUCGAGCAAGCACGCACGCACGAUGACAGCAAGCAGCGCCGGCACAGCCAGGACAGCAUCCAUCGCGACGCUUCAGCACCAAGAACGCAUGUGCCGCGCUGUAGCUGCUGCCGUCUCUUCAGAUACGAGUGCCUGGAGCAUCAGCCCGGGCGGCAACCGUGUGGAGGCUGGGGCUUAGUCCAGUUAGCGGGCGGUUAUCACGGGUGGAGACGUCUGGUGGACUGGCUUUCAGUUGAUGCACCGUGA